AUUACGUUGAACCCGCCUAGACGCAUGUAUCCAAGCUACGUCGUCCCUGGAGCUAAUUCGCAGCAUAACUCCUAGCAGUACGACGAAGGACAGCCAUCGCAUCACAACGGGCAAGCUUUCAACCACAUCAACCAGCCAUGCGUCUAUCAAGAACAGCAGGCCUCAUGGCCUUGUGCGCCUCGGUGCAUGCCUUCACCGACUCGUCGCCCUUCAUCAUGAUCUCGACCGCCGAGCUCGCGAAGUCCAACCCCGCCCAGCUCCAGACCCAGUCCCAGGUCGUCAAGACCGUCCAGGAUUUCCUUUCCUCCUGCCCGACAGACCGCUACCUCCUCGUCUCCCAGCCCAACGUCAACGCGGCCGACAUCCGCAACCCGGACAGCGGCGACUGCCAGUCCCCCAACCUGUGCCGCGCAAUCUCCGACAAGGACGCCCGCGGCGUCUACAGCGUCGCCGAGGUCGUCGGCGAGGUGCCCAUCGGAAAGCUGGCCGACUACAUCAAGAAGUCGUGUGCGGGCAAGACCGUCGAGGUCGAGGAGGCCAGGCUCACUGCCCUUGGACGGGACGCGAGAGCCGCCACGCUCGCCGACAACGACCACGUCCUGGGCCAGCGCCUCGAGAAGUUGCGCAAGGCGUCGGACUCGUACACCGUCAUUUACCUCGCCAGCCCCUCCGAACCCACCUACGAGGCCGAGUUCACCACCGAGCCUCUGCACGCUGAGCUCAAGCGCCACGAGGCGAGCCUGCGACAUGUCAGGAGGGCCGAGAACGGGACCGAGUGGAGCAAGCUGCCUCUUUUCGAGAAAUAUGUCUUCUUCUCCCCAGGCGUCUUCCACGCUCUCAUCGCCACCAUCGUUCUCUUCAGCAUCCUCGGUGUCGGUGUCAGGGCUCUUGCCAGCCUCGAGAUUCCGUACGGUGCUUUCGAGAAGGAGAAUGGCCCUGCGGCUCACAAGAAGGCCCAGUAGAUGUGUAUCAAAAUCGCCUGAGGCAUUUCUCCAUAGAAGUGUCUCCUUCAACGACCAGUGCAUUUCAUUUGAGAACGUCGGGAGUUAUCGGCUGGCUUUUGACAGGCGUGUUUCGAGUAAAGGGGAGGAAAUCCAUGGCAUGAUAGGGUAGAGAGCACAGGAAAGGGACCUGUGGUCUGUAGAGACCAACGUAGUGUUUCUUUUUUCUCGCAAAUGGCAUGAAAUGUAUUUCUAUAACAAAUGGAC